GCGCCUGGCACGGAAUGAAAGCCGUUUUUGUAAAAAGCUUUGUUUUGUAGAAGAAGCUGCUCUAGUGUAUAUGGUGCCAGUUAGAAAGACCGUCGGCACGCAGCACGCGCGUAGACGUAGACGGGUUUAGGGUAUACCUACAAGCAGCGUUACAAGUUCAAAAGCAGAAAAGUUUUCGUACAAGAAGCUAGUACUUAAUACGAGGAUGAUACAAUAGACAGGGUUUAGGAUUAAGUCUGUGCUCAGACUUGGCGCGCUAGUUCGACUGUUACUUCACUACAAGACCACUUUUGGUGGCCCGCCCUGCAUACACGCAUCGGGAAGCAAUAGUCUUAUUAGUGUAGUGCUAUGGUGGAGGGUUUAACUGCUUUGCAGUGCCCGAGUCUGUCGAGCACAAGUAGUCGUACUUGGCACAAGUUUUAGGUGCUACACUACUCGCCACACCGCACCCGUACCCGUAAAAACCUAUCCCCAGCUCGGCUAGUCGUCCUCAGAAACAUGUCCUAUGGUUAGCUUAAAAAAGAGAGUAGCUUAGUAGUUAGAAGCUGACUAUAGAGGUGUCCUCCUCCUCCUCCUCUCGACGUUUUUAGCAAGUGCAACUACAUGUAGCAACAGUCGAAAAACUUGUCAGCCAAUUCGGCAAAUAACUGACCGUGCUUUAUCUACUGUCGAAAAUAUAGUUGUAAACCUCCAGACAGCUGCCAGGUUGUGCUUGAAGAAUAUUCGGCAAAAGCACUUGCAGAAAGACGGCUUUUAUUCGUUCCGACGCAUACUAGCGCGAGCGUCCAGAUCAUGUCGCGAAGCCCUUCGCGAUAGUAUGCUGACGAGCUAAGGCGGAUUGGCCUCCGUUUUGUAUAGAAAUUCAAAAAAAAACUUUACACUCAGCCGGACCGGUUUACACACGUUCAAAAUACUAGCGCAAAUAUUUUGAACCUCAAAAGUAUGCGCAUGUCACUAGUGUUGGCUCGUUUUGCGUGAGAAUCUAUUUCGCAUGGUAUAGAGCUUUCCUCUACAUGCUUCGCAUAUUUUUCUCUCUUUUCUUGGGUGGUGUGGAUGUCGAUCUACCACUCGAGACCUAGACGUAGUAUCGAAUCAACACGAUCAGCAGCAGGCACAAAAAGAAAGCAUAAACCUCCAUACGAAGCAAAAUUGGAUCAUGAGGAAACCGCGAUGGAAUCACGACGCGAAAGUGGAAAGAUUGGGGUUUAUGAAUGGAGACGCUUUACGACGAAACAAGAACAAACUGGAAACCGAUGCACAACAGUGGCCGCCCAUUUGGGCAGCCAUAAAAACCAA